AUGACCAUUCUUGCUGAUACCACUCCUUCUGUUACCAACAAUAGCACCAGCGCCCCGUCGCCUGUCAAUGGUGCUCAUCCCCCAUUGUCGACUCCUGUCUCGGCCAAUUCAGCCGUUGCCGCUCCCCAGUCUGUCCCCGCGGAUCCUCCGAGGACGGUGGUGGUAGUGUACGGGUCUGGCCAGGACACCAUUGUGCACUUGGUCGCCGAGGUUCUGGGCAAACCAUGGACCACGGAAACGUCGCUGUCCUCCCUGGUGAAGGGCAGUAAUGCCGUGGUGGUGGGGAUCCUGGCCGCCGAGCUGGCGCGCAGUCUCGACGAAUGCGACCCGUCUACUUUGAUCGUGAUCAACACGCACUGUGUCGAUGACGGCUCGUCGCCGGACGAGCCGCUCACCGACCGCUGCGACUAUGAGUUUCUGUACUCGCACAGCCCGUUUCUGCGGCGUGAUCUGACGCGCUUUCUGUCCUUGAUCCUGGGCCAGACGCGGCCGCAUGAGGAUCUCAAGGCCAAGACCCGCACCAACUUCAUCUCGACGACGUUCCCCGAUGUGCAUGCGGCGCUGCCGAACCUGGACAUCCUGUCUGUCGGAUCGGACGCGGUGGAGAUCCGGGUGGAUCUGCUGGUCGAGCCGUCGCCGCAGGGGGUCGCCAGCCCCGUGCCGAGCCUGCGGUACGUGGGCCAGCAGGUGAUGCUGCUGCGGCAGCACACGGAGCUGCCGAUCAUCUUCACGACGCGCUGCACCAAGGAGAACGGCAAGUUCCCGAUGGACGAUCCGAUGCUGUUCUACCGGUACCUGCGGCGGGCGAUCCAGUGGGGGUGCGAGUACAUUGACGUGGAGCUGUGGCUGCCCGAGGAGAUCCGGCGGCGGCUGGCCGAGCAAAAGGGCCACAGCGUGAUCAUGUCGGCGUUCCAUGACUUCUCGGGCACGUGGAAGUGGACGUCGCCCGAGGCGGCGCGCAUCUUCGCGGAGAGCGCGCGGUACGCGGAUAUCGUCAAGAUGAUCGCCAUGGUCCACACGAUCGAGGCCAACUACGAGCUGGAGUACUUCCGGUCGACGGUCAAGGCGCGCGGGGCGGCCGUCCCGCUGCUGUCGGCGGUCAACAUGGGCCAGAUGGGCCAGCUGUCGCGCGCGCUCAACACGGUCUUCUCGCCCAUUACGCAUCCGCUGCUACCGAUGAUCGCCGCGCCGGGCCAGCUGACCGCGGCCGAGAUCAACGAGGCCAUGCACAUCAUGGGCGCCCUGCCGAAGCGCGAUCUGUACGUGAUUGGGUCGUUCCGCGCGACGCCGCAGUCCAUGUUCAUGGAGAAGUGCUUUAAUGAGCUGAGUCUGCCGCACACGCUGACGUCCAUCGACCGCGGCCCCAAGGGGACGAUCGAAGGGGUGAUCACGCAGCCCAGCUUCGGCGGCGCCUCGGUCAACCCGCCUAUCUCGGCUGCGACGUCGUACAUUCCCGCUGUCAGCGAGGCCGCGCGGGCGAUCGGUUUGGUGGAUACAAUUGUCGUGGGGGAGUCGGGACCGCAGUCGCAAUCGCAGCCGGGGUCGGGACCGCAGUCACAACCAGGAUCGGGGACGAGAACGCUAAUAGGAGAGAACGCAACAUGGAAAGGGAUCCGGGCGACGCUGACACGCGACUACGUGCCAUCAGCCUAUCGGGGCCGGGCGGCGAUUAUCCUGGCAGGCUCGGAGAGCGAUGCAUCCGCAGCGAUCUAUGCGCUACGCAGUCUCGGGGUGGGAUCGAUCUACACAGUGGGAUUCCGCGCGACAGGUCCGCUAGCGGCGGGACUGGAGCCCUUUACCUCGAUCCAGUCAGUAAAGCUGGUAGAGCAGCCGUUCGUGAUGGUGUCGGCGCUGCCGCCGGAGAAGUCGCUGCUGGUGCAGCCGCUGCUGCGACACUACCGGAGCAACGGGCGCACGUCACCGCGAUCGACGCGGGGCAAAGUGUACCUGGAUCUGACGGCGAGUUCGGGGGAGCGCAAGGGAGAUCCGGUGGGUGUGGCGGUGAGUGCGGGCUGGACGGCGUACGGGAUCGACGAGGUGACGGCGUGGACAACGGUGGAGACGAUGCGGCUGCUGGUGGGACAGAAUGUGCCGUUUGAUUUUGUGCGGAUGGCUUCGGGGAGGAUUUAUUAG